AUGUCAUCAUCAUUAAUCUCCUUAGGAGUUGCCAUCGCCGGUGUCUUCCUCUUCUGGACCAUGUCCUCUACCUCGUCGUCCCCGUUCGCGCGCAAUUUCCCCCGUCUCUAUAACCAAAGGAUAUGUUUGCUUAUUGCGCACCCGGACGACGAGGCCAUGUUCUUCGCGCCUACCGUGCUGGCCCUCACCAAGCCUGAGCUUGGUAAUCAUCUCAAGAUCUUGUGUCUUAGCACUGGAGACGCCGACGGACUCGGCCACAUCCGCAAAAAGGAGCUCCAGCAAAGCGCCCUGCAGCUCGGCCUCCGCAACGAAUCAGACGUCUACGUCGUCGACGACCCUGCCCGUUUCCCCGAUAGCAUGUCCACCAUCUGGUCGGAGUCCGAUGUAUCGGAUCUCCUGGCCUCUGCCUUUGCCCCGGAUCUGCUGACCGGCUCCGUGCCGUCUUCCGCCGGCAACACCACCGCCGCCACACGUAAGAGAGAUGCUAAAUCUAAACACGCCAAGACCGACUCCUCUCCCUCCGCCACCAUCGACGUGAUCCUCACCUUUGAUCAGCGCGGUAUCAGUAACCAUCCGAACCAUCGCUCGCUGUACCACGGAGCGCUGUAUUUCCUGCGCGCCCUCAUGAAGGAUAAACCCGGUUACUCGUGUCCUGUGUCGCUGUAUACGCUGCACACGACGAGUCUGCUGCGGAAGUAUAUCGGUGUGUUGGACGCGCCGAUCACGAUGGCGCGGGGGGCGGUUUCGGCGCUGGUCUCGAGUUUGUCUAGAUCCGGCUCUAAAUCGGGAUCGGGAUCUGCGUCGAGGGAGGGCGGGGACAAGCCGUCGCGGUUGCUGUUUGUGAGCUCGGUGGGUGAGUGGAUGACGGCGCAGUCGGCGAUGGUGAAGGCUCAUAAGAGUCAGAUGGUGUGGUUUCGGUGGGGGUGGAUUACCUUUGGGAGGUAUAUGGCUGUUAAUGAUUUACAGAAGGAGAAGAUUUGA